UGAGAGCGUACGGGCAUUUGGGAUGCGUUUCCAGAAGAUCUCCGACGUGCUGAUGAAGAAGGGGAAGAUCUCAGAGGUCGAGCGUGGUACUAUCUUCAUCGGACACUUGUCCAAAGGCAGGCAGAAGAGUAUACUAAGAGAUCUUCCGCGCGACAGGCUUGAUUUCCCAGAAGUCCUAAAGCUCGCGAUAAAGGCAGAGGCAGACGAUUACAAGGACUUGGUGUGGAGAGGGAUGAGGAGAUGUGACUUCUCUCUCUACAAGGAGUAUGCCACAGAUAGAUGUCCUGAUUUCAAGAACUAUCCCUUGUCGGAGAAGAAUGAGGCCGUGGCUGAGGAAGUGAAGGAGAUACGGGACAUGGUGAAGGGAUUGACGGGACAGGUUACAGAGAUUGUGCAGUAUGAGCAAGGAGGGUCUGGAAGAGACCGCCGCAACGAUUCGCGCGGUCGGAAUGAGAGAGGGGGAUAUGGCGUCUCAUCAGAACCAUAUCCCAAGUUGCCUGACCCCAAGGCAGCCAGGAGUUCGAUCUCUAGAAGCGCAGACGAUAGGCCAUCUACUCCCAGGAACUCAUGCGUUUACUGUAGAGGAGAAGAUCAUAUCAAGAGGGAUUGCCCGGACCUCAAACGGGCAAUAGAUGAGGGACUUGUUGUGCUUGACGUUUGCAAGUACGUCAAGUGGGCAGAUGAUCUGGGAGAUGUAUCGAUGUUCCUUUCGAUGAAGGAGAAUGUCGAAGCAAGGAGAGUAAAGCCGAGUAAGGGAAUGGAGCCGGUCAGGAGCCAGAGCAUCAAGAUAACCUUUGAGGGGGAUAUCGCGACCACACCCAUAAGGGUGGCAGCCACCAAGUCGGCGAGAGCGUUUACAUCGAAGAAGACUGACACGGAUUACGUGAUGGCGGAGAAGGACGGGCAGCGGGUCGAUAUAGAGGAGGUUAUCCUUUCGCCGCAGAAGCGGGGAGUGAAGAAGUUCUUAAUGAAGAGUUCGUUGGACGAGAUUGACACGGUCGAGCCACUGAGGCGGGCCCUUCGGCAGCCCAUGCAGUGCUCUAUUCUGGAGUACCUGGCGGCAUCGAAGCCGGCUCGUGAUGAGUUACAGAUGAUCACGUGGAAGACUCGCAUACCCCUAUGGGAGAAGGGUCAGGGGGCCCCUAAGGCGGAAGCUUCUACAGUAGCAGUAACGGGGGUGACUGCCUGAGCGGAUCGCAUGGCGACAGUCCUUCUCGAUGGAAUGGAAGGUGUGCCUCCAGACAAGUUUUAUAUACUUGGUAGCGGGGUCGUGGAGACAAUUAUAAACGAUGGAGCGGUACUCGAUGCUGUGAUCGAUAACGGCAGUGAGGCUGUCAUCAUAGACAAGGACCUGGCAUUACAGCUUGGACUAGGCCUCGACAGGUCGUACCUAUUCGAGAUAGAGACGGCUGAUGGGAGAAAGCAACAAAUCACUGGGGUUUGU